CAAGGGCAAUGGAGUUAGAUUCUGUCUCAAAAAAGAAAAAAGUUGCUAGACAGAGGGUGGAGUAUCCUGACUGAAUUUACAAUUCCAUCCCUUCUCCCUCAGCUCCCUUAGGCCUGCUAGCCAGGGUGACUUACUGGACAGUUCCCAGGGGCCACAAGUUCUAAAAAAUGCUGUGUGUUUCCCUUUCUAGGAGGCUGAACUCCAGCGGGUACAGAAAGUACGAGAGAUGGAACUGGUCUAUGCCCGGGCUCAGCUGGAGCUGGAGGUGAAGAAGGCCCAACAGCUGGCCGAGGUGGAGGUGAAGAAGUUUAAGCAGAUGACAGAGGCCCUGGGCCCCAGCACCAUCAGGGACCUUGCUGUGGCUGGGCCAGAGAUGCAGGUAAAACUGCUCCAGUCCCUGGGCCUGAAAUCAACCCUCAUCACCGAUGGCUCCACUCCCAUCAACCUCUUCAGUACAGCCCUGGGGCUGCUGGGGCUGGGGUCUGAGGCUCAGUCCUCAACCAAAAAGGUGGCCAGUGGACCUGGCCCUCGAGAGGGCUUGACUUCCCAGCCCUUUUCUGCCCCUCAGGGUCCUGGGGACAAUCACAUAGUGCCUAUACUUCACUAACUCUGACAAAUGCAAUGUAUGUUUCUAGGCA